AUGGCACCGUUCGUCGUCGACGACGAACCCAAACUUCACGCGCUGCUCGCUCUCAUCACAAAGCGAACGGGCGCGGGUCAGGACCAGCUGAUGUUCGUCGACCUGGAGGGUGUCAAUCUCGGUCGCACAGGCACGAUUGCCAUCAUGCAGUUGCUGAUGCCACCCAGCCCCGUCGUCUACCUGGUCGAUGUCCACCGGCUCGGAGCGAAAGCAUUCGGCCUCACCACGGCGGACGGGACCAGUCUCCAAACUGCGCUGGAAUCUCCAGACAUCUUCAAAGUCUUCUUCGACAUUCGCAACGACUCGGGCGCCCUCCAUGCCCACUUUGGCGUCAACGUCGCCGGCAUCAUCGAUCUCCAGGUCGUCGAGUAUGCCACCAGGAAUCCGAGAGGCAGGUUCGUCAACGGGCUGGCCAAGUGUAUUGAAAAGGACCUGCCCCACAAUCCAGCCUGGUCCCUCGUCAAAGACAAGGGGCGGCGUCUGUUUGCGCCCGAGGUAGGGGGGAGGUAUGAGGUCUUCCUCGAAAGACCCCUGCGGGACGAGAUCCUCGAAUACUGUGAGCAAGACGUAACGCUCAUGCCUCGCCUUCUCGCGGCAUAUGGCGAGAGGUUACAAGCCGGUGUGGCCGCCCAGCUCCAGGGAAUUGUUGAUGGACGUAUUCGGCUGUCCAAAACCGACACGUUCAACGGCAAGGGUCGGCACAUGGCAGUUGGACCACGUCUUACGCCGUCACGGUAUCGAGACGUGUCGGCGAGCCGAGAACUGGAGCUCGUCCGUUCGCCUCAACUUGUUCAUUUGUGUCGUCUCGACGAUGGCUGCAUCGAAGAUCUGACCGAUCAACUCGCCACCGUGCAGAUCAACGCCGGAGAAGCAACGGCAUCAGCGCAGGGGACCUCGAGCUUGACGGCCGUGGCCAGGACGGUCGUUCCAGCCGCUCGGUAA